UCGAACGCAGCCACAAUGAGUCUGUCCGCUAAAGAGAAGAACAUCGUCAGGGAUUUCUUCAAAAAAGUGUCCAGCAGGUCCGAGGAGGUCGGCACCGAGGCUCUGUCCAGGAUGCUGACGGUCUACCCCCAGACCAAGUCCUACUUCGCCCACUGGAAGGACCUGAGCCCCGGCUCCCCCCCGGUCAGGAAGCACGGCAUCACCAUCAUGGGCGGAGUGUACGAUGCUGUCUCCAAGGUGGACGACCUGGUGGGCGGCCUGCUCACCCUGAGCGAGCUGCACGCCUUCAUGCUCAGGAUCGACCCCGUCAACUUCAAGAUCCUGUCCCACUGCAUGCUGGUGGUGCUGUCUAUGCUCUUCCCUGAGGACUUCACCCCUCAGGUCCACUUGGCCGUCGACAAGUUCCUGGCCCUGCUGGCCCUGGCUCUGGCCGAGAAGUACCGCUAA